AGUGUUAUUAAAGUUUAUGGAGAAGAAAGUCAAACGCGAACUAUUUCUUUAAACAAUAUCGUUGACGCUGAAUCUAUUUUAAAACGCAUCUUACAAAAGUUUAAUAUUAAUGAAGACGUUGAAAACUAUUCAUUAUUCGCCACUAUGAGUGAUACUGGUGAAACAAGAAGUCUAACUGAUGAAGAAUUAGUUGAAAUAUGUAAUAAUUCUGACAGACCAGAACGUGAAAGACUUACUUUGCGAAAGAAACAUCUUCCAAUGAGUUUUGAACAGUCAAAAAAACAAAAAAAAGAUUUAGAAAGAUUUUUUG